UCAGAGCCGAGUCAUGCAAAAGGCUACAUGGCCCUCAUGAGCUGAUGGAUUAGAAGAAUGUCACUCAGAGUUCACGUGCAGAAAGUGACAGAUCUCUAUGGAAAAGGAAGAAGACUGGUUCAGAUGAAAUUCAGAGGUUUUUCUGCAAAGUCAGAGCCUCUGUAUUGUGGAAGCGAAGCUAAUUUUGAUGAGAUAUUUUCCUGGCCAAACUGUGGCUCAAUUGAGGAAGAUGAUUACCUGACUGUGGAACUUUUUGAGUACAGUAAACUGAAGCGAAGGUGCAUUGGAUCAGUCAAUGUUGUUUUGCAACAGGCAAUUGCAAAUGGUAACACCUGUGUUAAAGAGAUGCUGGUAGACAAGAACCACCUGGCUCUUGGGAUUACUAUGUACCUUGAAAUAAUCUACAUAGCUGAGAAGCCUAUGAAAGUACGAUGGAAAGAUGAAGACUUUGAGUACAGUGAAGAUGAGAAGAUGAAAAUUGUGCAAGACAAAGGAAAUCACGGGAAAGAAUUUGGAAUAUUUUCAGAUAAUAAUGAGGAGACUGAGAAGGAUGUGCCUGAGGUGCAGUCAGAAGUGUUUAACGUCUACAGGAGACUGAGGGAACAGAAGAGAGAUCGUCUCAAGCUGAUUGAAAGAAAAGAUCAGACUCUUUUUAGGCCACAAAAUUUCCAGUUUAAUAUAACAGUGCAUGAAGCCAGGCAGCUGAGUGGAAUAAACAUCGAUCCUGUUGUAUACAUUGACAUUGAUGGGAAGAAAAGGCACACAAGCACUCAAAAGUCCACCAAUUGCCCAGAAUACAAUGCGGACUUUUAUUUCGAGUUUUUUGAACCUCCAGAUCUACUUAUGGAUAAGAUCAUUCUGAUAUCGGUUUUUAGCGCUGACAAAAUACCUUUCAAGAAAACUCUGAUAGGGAUGUUCAAAAUUGAUGUGUCAUCAGUUUACGAGCAGCAAGAUCACAUGUUCCGGAACAAGUGGGCCAUCCUGACAAAUCCAGAAGACAUCACAGCCGCCAUAAAGGGCUAUGUCAGAUGUGACAUCAUCAUUACACAGAAAGGGGAUUUGGUGCACACGGGCAGUACAACAGCUUACUCCAGUUACAUUGAAAGGCAAGUUAGAAUUGUUCUGUUUGCAAUGUUUCUUUUUUAA